AUGGCAGAUAUAUGGUCACUUGGUAUAACAUCAAUUGAAUUAGCAAAAGGUGAACCACUUAAUUCAGAUUUACAUCUAAUGCAUGUUUUAUUACGAAUUCCAAAAAAUCCUCCUCCACAAUUAUCUGUAAAAGAAUAUUCGAAUGCAUUUCGAGAAUUUGUUAAAAGACCAAAAGCUACACAAUUACGUAGAUUUGUCUUUGUUUCAACAACAAAGCCAAUAAAAUAUUUAAUAGAAUUAAUAAUACGUUAUCAAAAAUGGAAAAAAAAACAUGAUAAUGGAAUAAAAUCUGACGAUGAAGAACAAUCAAAACAUGAUUCAGAUCAAUGGAAAUAUGGAGCUGGAACAGUCAAAUCAGCAAUUAAUUAUCAUCAUAUUUUUUCAAUUCAUUAUAAUAUUUCAUUUUCAAAUAAUAAUAAUAAUGUUCGAUGUAAUGACGAAAAAGGCGUAGAUUCAUUUGAAGAUUUACGAUGUUUAUUACAAAAUGAAAAUAAACGUUAUCCAAAUCUAACUAAUGAUUUUAUGAGAAUUAUGUGUGAACAUAUAUCGAAAAUAAAUAAUAUUUGUCAAACAUCAACAAGUCAAAAUAAUUCAAUAACAGACAAUAAUCAUAUUCAAAUAACAUCAGGUGUUGUUAAAAUGACUAUUUAA